AUGCUUUUCCUCUCUGCAACGGCAAAUCUUAGUGACAAUAUAAGGAGCUUUCGGCCACUUGACACUGUCGAAAGUCCUAGUGAGUAUACUUUCAAUUUGAUGUGCACUCAUUGCAGAGAGAUGCACGAUUCAAAAGUAACCAUAAACCAAUUUGAGAAGCAUUCAAUGAGUGGGAGCAGGGGAGAAGCGUCAUUCGUUGUGAAAUGUAAAUUCUGUGGGAAUGAGAGUAGUAUCAAUUUGCAACGAACCGAAGAAGACCUUUAUAAUUUUAAUCAUGAAAGCACUGGAGACUUGGUCCAAAAAACUAAGGAACUGAGGAAGAAACAGGGAAUUAAGGGAAUAAAGGAAGAUCAAGCAUUGCUGUUGGCUCUCGAUUGUAGGGGCUGCGAACCUACUGCCCUGGAUGUGUCAAAUUUGACUUUUGUGAUAGAAUUGACAUCUGGGAAAACCAUGGAGUGUACACUUGACGAUGAGGACUUGGAAUGGUACGAUUAUGACGAAGAUGCUGGGGAAGAAGUUUCAGUGACUGAAGCCAAAUUUGGGUUUAUCAAGGCCAAAUAA